UCGCUUGUGCGCAUGCGCAGUUCAGCCGGUGUUUUUGACCUGUCUUUCGGUAAGUUGGACAGAAAUCAAAUUCCGAGGCCGCUCAUAAUCACUCACCUGUCAACAUGUUCACCUGCGCGAAGAUCUCCACAGCUGCCCUGGUGCGUGUGGGCUCCAGGUCCCUGUUUAGGCCAGUUUCUGCUGCUGUGCUUUCCAGACCAGAGGUCAAACCAGAGGUCCUGCCUCAGUCGGCCCUCAGGAGUCUCCAGACUAGCGCUGUGAGGCACGACAUUGACACCGCUGCCAAGUUCAUCGGAGCGGGAGCUGCCACCGUGGGAGUGGCUGGAUCCGGGGCUGGGAUCGGAACCGUGUUCGGGAGCCUUAUCAUCGGAUAUGCCAGGAACCCGUCUCUAAAGCAGCAGCUCUUCUCUUACGCCAUCCUGGGCUUCGCUCUGUCUGAAGCCAUGGGGCUCUUCUGUCUGAUGGUUGCUUUCUUGAUCCUGUUCGCCAUGUGAAAAUCUGAUAGUUACAUAAACGCAUUUAGUACAGCUGUGACUACAUAUUUUUGCUGUUGCUACCCAAACGUCUCCUGUCGGUCUCUGCGGGAGAAAAUGAAUGAAUAUAAAGUCCACUCUGUUAAAUUAAAUCAUGUAACAAUUAAAAAUUGUUCAGCUAUUUAGACCUUCAAUUUUGUUCAUGAGAAAGCAACCGCUCCAUCGGUGCUACUGGCCCAUCAAGCUGAAACUCACCAUGGAUAUAAAGAAGCUGAUAGCACUGUCUGUUCAUCAGAAUAGAGAUAAUGUUGUGUCUGUAGACUGUAAGGGUCUAUUCAGAUAUCUUCAGUGGUUAAACUGCUGGUCAAUAGUAUGACUGUUCAUUUAGAGCAGUUGGUUGAAGGCCAAUUUAAACCUCAAUUGCUUUUGUAAAUUGCAUUAAAUAAAUUUAGAUCAGUUUACCGUA